AGCUUCUGAAGACUAAAGACUGCAGCAGCACGAAAGGACCUCAGCAGCAGCUUUGCAAACUUUUCAGGGGUUUAAUAACUGAUGUGAAUAUCACCACCUCUGACGGAUCCACAUAUCUGAGAAGAAGAUGCACCUUGAUAUGAAUCGCCUGCAGAUUCUUGCUGUGCUCUUCCUGCAAGGAGCUUGGGGUCAAAACAGCAGCAGCAGCGGUGGUGGUGGUGUGGUGGUGGAGACCAAGAACAUUACCCUCCCUGCAGGCUCCAGGGCCGUGCUGCCCUGUCAGAGCCCCCGCAUGGUGUGGACCCAGGACAGACUGAAGGACCGUCAGAGGGUGGUGCACUGGGAUGUCGUCUAUAGCAGCCCUCCAUAUUCGGUGGAGCGAGUUUUGGACAUGUCACCUGGAGCUCGUCGGAGGGUUUACAACGGCUUUAAUAAGGGCCGCGUUUCUAUAUCAGACUCUGCUUUCACUGAUGGAAAUUUCUCGCUUUUCAUCAACAAUGUACUGACAAGCGACAAAGGAGUUUAUACUUGUAAUUUGCACCAUCACUACUGUAAGAUUCACCAGUCCAUCCAGAUCCAGCUCAAUGUAACUAAGUCAGCUCGGAAAGAGAAACGCUACUGGGAUGGAGAGAAGACUGUGCUUGUGGUCCUGUUGGGAAGCUCAGUUAUGCUGCCCUGUGUGAACCGGCUUGCCCUGUGGAGAGACGGAGUGCAGGAGGACCAGCAGCAGGUGGCCCACUGGGACUUCCAGCCUCCUGGGGUACGUCCCAACAAGGCGGACCGACUGGUGGACCUCUAUGCCUCUGGAGAGCGAAGAGAUUACGGGCCACUGUUUGCCCAGAGGAAGAUGAACGUGGCAGAGGAUGCUUUCACAUACGGCGACUUCUCACUUUCCAUCUUUGACCUGAAGCCUGCAUAUAAAGGCCUGUACUCCUGCCACUUGCACCAUCACUACUGUGGUCUGCAUGAGAGACGCGUCUUCAGGCUCACUGUGGGACCUCCGGUUCCACUCGAACCCACAACCGCUCCUAAAAUCUAUGUGAAUGACGAGCAAGAAAAAAAGCCGGAGGAGGUCUCAGGGGAAGAUGGUCCACGCGUGGUAAACGUCUUCCUCCCUGAACAGCGAGGUUAUUUUGUCCAGCAUUUGGGCUACUUCCUGGCAACCUUCCUGCUACUGGCCUUCAUUGUCUUCGCUGUCAUCAUGCUGACUAGGCGACGGAAGAAGAGAGGACUGGAGUAUGAAAUGGGUAGAUCUGUUAGGGCCAGCAUAAUCAGUGGAGGUGAGAUGGCAUUAGAAUGCACAGAGCUGAGGACUUACAAUCAGGAACCUUUGAAUUCAGAUUACAAAAAUAACCUACUGAAAGAAAGAGAUAUGGUUAAAGAGUGUAAUAAGGAAUUCGAUGGCAGGAUGUGAAGUGAGUGUGAUAUUUCUGAGAUGCUGCUGGCAGGUCCAGGGCAAAAACCGGAGGCGUAGAGGAUGACAGAGAGAACGGAGGAGAAAAUAAAAAAUAACACAGGAAAUCAAGGAGAAAACACAAGAGGAUUACUCCCUCUGCUGUAACAUGAGAGAACAAAGCUUUUUCAGUUAAAGGCUUAACUUUUUCUUUUGACUUUUUCUUCCUUACACGUAUAACUUGCAAUUUCAUCAGCAUUACUAUAGAUACAUUUUGUCCAUAUACCUGUAUGUUUCAUUUAUUUCAGUUUUGAAACAUUAAGUUUAUGGAAAUAAGUUCCUAAUGUUAAUUUUUUUUUGCACAAAUUCAGUUUGCUACAACAUAUAACUCAAGAUAUUUCAAAGGCUAUUUUCUUAAUAUGGGCAGUGUGGCUCUCAGCCCAGGGUGGGAUCUAUUUUGGAGCGAUAUGAGGACUUUGUCAAUUCCACCUAAAUGAGUUUUCUAUUGCUUGUUUUGCUUGUACAGUCCACUGUGUUGUGAAGGCAUGCCAGUGUCGUGCAACUACUUCUGAAACUUUGUUUCCGUUAAUGUAAAAAUAAAAUAAAUAAAUCUUUCUUUCUCAAA